AAGGCAAUCGGGCGCGCUGCGUAAGCGGAGAUUAAAGUGACUUUUACCGAAACUCUGCGGCAAUUACGCCUUUUGCCUGCAAAAAAUAAUUUACACACGUUGGAGUAAGGCAUCAUUAACUGGAUAGUUACCCCGCGCUUCCUAGUAAUUAGCUCUCAACGAUGGCUUCAUGUUAACGCUAGCCGGCUUGCUGAUUUUUGAUCUGACAUACUUUACGCACUCAUUAUCAAUGUUAUUAAAUUAAGCCAAAUCUGCUGACGGUUUGGAUUAUCCAUAAAAGGUAUAUUGUUUCAGCUGUUUGCUUCGGGAACGCUUACCGCAUUUAUCAUCUGAUAAAAUGCUAUUCUGGAAACCAUAUUUCAUGAAUUAACUGCAUAAUUAAAUAUUUUGGCGCGCUGGCUUGCUAACAUUCUUAAAAUAUCCUGCCGGUCGGAGGAGGCAGAGGGCGCCGGGAUUAUUCUUGAAAACGACUGAAGUGGAGUAUGGCCUAAAUUAUUAUGAACAUCAUCGCUGUCACAAUGUUUGCGGAUUUAAACGCAGAUUCUCAGAUGUAAUUAUUGGGGAUAAUUGUCGGAUGUAUAAAAUUAUUCUUCGCAAACUUAACGAUGCUGACCACGCAUACACUGAUCGUUUGCACCUUACACCCACCGGAUGUUCGCCAACUCUGCAAAAUUACUGGAAUUUGAGCACUGUCUAUUUUAUUAAUCUCGAGCAGUGUGAACAGCGGCAAGAAACAAAUUCAGGAUGGCGCUGACAAGCGGUGCGGAGACGGGUGCUGCUAGAUCGGAUCAAGUGGAAUCAGUAUCUCAGGUUUCCGGAUCCGUUUGGAUUGAGCAGCAUAACACGACUGAUGAUUACCCCAACGCCGCAUCUCCUCUACCACCGGAAAUGCAGUACACCCCGGUGAAUACCAUCGUUAUUAUCGUCUACAGUAAUCUGCUGUGGAUAUCUCUACUGGGCAAUGGCAUUGUGUUUAGCACUCUGGUGCGCAGGAAAAAGAAGAGCCGGGUCCAUAUCUUGCUAAUUAACCUGUGUACAGCCGACAUGAUUACUACGCUGAUUGAGAUGCCCUUAAAGAUUGCAUGGAAAAGCACGGUGCAAUGGAUGGGAGGGGAUACCAUGUGCCGAAUCUUAUCCUGCCUGAGAGUAUUUGGCUUGUACCUAAGUGCGCUUCUAAUUAUUGCUAUCAGCCUUGACCGUUUCCUGGCCAUUGCCAAUCCUCUAUCAUCCGUUCGCCGCGCCGGUGAGCGAACCCGUAUCAUGAUCUUCCUGGCUUGGAUACUAAGUAUAGCUUGCGCAGCACCCCAGGCUGUAAUUUGGCAUGUUCUUUCCCAUCCAAACCACACUUGGUACCAACAGUGCGUAACAUUCGGGUCAUUUUCGUCGGAGUAUGCAAGAAAAGCUUACGGUUUGGGUAUAAUGAUGCUGACCUAUGGUCUGCCGUUGUUGACCACCUUGAUAUGCUACCUGGGCAUUUGGGCAAAUAUUAUCAACAAUCCCGUCCAAAACGGAACCCUGCCACCAUCCACGGACGGAAGAUCCAGUGCCACGCCAUCGUUCAGGUUAAACAAUACAGAAAAGCUGACCAAAGCAAAAAAGCGGACCUUAAAAAUGACCUUUUUAAUCGUUGGAAUCUUCGUCGUGUGUUGGACGCCUUAUCAAAUAAUACACCUGUGGUUUUUUUUCGACCAGUCAACAGCAGCACAUGUAGAUCAACUGAUUCAAGAGAUCCUCUUUAUUUUUGGGGUGUCCAGUUGUGUCAUGAAUCCUUACGUUUACGGGUUGUACUCUAUGGGAAUCUGGCGAAACGUAGAGUUCUUGACGAAUAUUCCCUGUCUCAAAGAGAAAUUUCCCCCUAAACACGGCAUUUAUGCUGGUGAUCACGCUGGUUCCCGGUCCAUUAUCGGUGAUGAUGAUACCUUCGGGGAACGCAGCCUUACUUUGAAGCGUUCCGCCAAUUCACGACCCCAUCUGCAGCAGAUGGGAUACCAAAAGUCCAGUCCGCCUUCUCCGGAACGAAGAAGUUUGCAUUGCUCAUACUCGCCGCCGGUUGACCGGAUAUUCGAUAAGGACAAAAUUCUCUACCUGUGAUAGCAUUUGUUACGAUAGCGUUUAAUAUGCAUGUAUGAUGUAUCUGCAUGCUCUGCAGAUAUAUCAGACGUCUACGUCUACUCUAGAAGUAGCGGAUCUGUCUAUAAAUUUAUACUACUUACUGUACAGUAGUGGUUUGAGUUUAUCCGGCGCUCGAUAAAGUUAUUUUGUUAGUUGUAUGGAAGCAGAUUUUUUAUAUAAGGCAUGCCCACCUAAAUUUCUGUUGCCGGAUGGAAUUUAUGC